UACAAUGUGGAGGUAGGGAGCUGAUGAUCACUGUCACUUUCUCAGGUCCGACCGCGUGAUACCUUCAUCUUAAAUUCCUUCAUUUUCUUUUCUUCUCUGUUCUGCCUCUUCGUUUCUUCCGUAGGCCACUCAAAAUUCUCUAUAAUCUUCUAUAAACAACUCAAUUCUUAAUCUAAUAUUACAAACCUUUCGGAUAUUCUUUUUCUUUUUUCUCCCUACUUGAUUGAUGGGCUUUAACCUUGUUGUGAGGAUUCCUCUUCCAUGGCAAUGGCAAAAGCAAAGGGUCUCUGCUCCUUAACCUCUCUCUCUUCACUUCUCCUUCUCAACUUGAUCCUCCUCAGACUACCCAUUACAGCACUUGAUCUUCUCCUCAUCUUCCUCCAUACCCUCUUAUAGCUCAUACCUUCAAAAAAUUCAUCGUUUUUUUAGGGUUUUCCCCCUAAUUUUUUUUUUUGCUUUUUUCUUAAUUCCCCCUUCUGAAAAAUCUAAUCUUUGUUGUGAAUCCGGUUACCCUUUUGGAUUCUGAAUAUGGCAUCGGUGUUCUUGUACCAUGUUGUUGGGGAUCUCACUGUGGGGAAGCCAGAGAUAGUGGAGUUCCAUGAGAGUGAGACUGUGGAGACUGCAAUCAGAGCAAUUGGUGAAUCCCCUGAAGGGAGCAUACCAAUUUGGAAGAAGAGAUCUCAUGUUGGUAUUGAGAACAGUGAGAUGAGGCAGCAGAGGUUUGUUGGGAUCCUUAAUUCAUUUGAUAUAGUUGCUUUCUUGGCUAAGAAUCAGUGUCUUGAGGAUCAGGACAAGGCAUUGAAGACACCUGUUUCUGAUGUGGUUGUUCCUAAUAAUUCUUUGCUUAGAUUGGUUGAUCCUGCAACAAGGUUGAUAGAUGCACUGGACAUGAUGAAGCAAGGUGUGAAACGUCUUCUUGUUCCAAAGAGUGUGGUGUGGAAGGGCAUGAGUAAGCGAUUCUCGGUUAUCUACUAUGGCAAGUGGCUCAAGAAUUCUGAAACUCCUAGCAGCAGCAGCAACAACCUACCUGCAAACAUGAAUCGAAACUCUUCAUCUUCCAGUGCUGCUAUCCGUGACAAGUUCUGCUGUCUCUCUAGAGAAGAUGUACUCCGUUUUAUCAUUGGUUGCCUUGGUGCUCUUGCCCCUCUUCCUCUCACUUCCAUUGCUGCUCUUGGAGCAAUUAAUUCUAACUACAGCUAUAUCGAAUCCUCUUCUCCGGCCAUUGAAGCAACUCAAAAGCUUCCUCAAGACCCUACUGCAGUGGCAGUCAUUGAAAGCACGCCAGAUGGCCAGCGUAAAAUCAUUGGAGAAAUUUCAUCAUGCAGGUUAUGGAAAUGCGACUACCUAGCCGCAGCAUGGGCUCUAGCCAAUCUCUCAUCUGGGCAGUUUGUUAUGGGAGUUGAAGACAAUGUUACCACAAGGACCCUACCCGAUUUCUCCAUAAACUCAGCAGCUGGAGAAAAUAAUUUAGUUAAUGGUGGCAGUCCAAGAAAACCAAAAAAGUUCAGUAGUAGGAGUAUUGGGUUCUUCAGUAAUUCUGCAAGCCAUAGUUUUGGUUCCAGGAGCAUGUAUCGGGGUAGAAGCGCACCUCUGACAUGUAAAGUUACCAGUUCAUUGGCUGCAGUCAUGGCUCAGAUGCUAUCUCACAGGGCAACUCAUAUUUGGGUGACCGAGGAUGAGAACGAUGAAGUUUUAGUUGGCGUGGUUGGAUAUGCUGAUAUUAUGGCUGCUGUAACCAAACCACCAACGUCCUUCGUUUCUGCAAAUAGAUCGACAGAAGCGAUUGGAAACGAAAUUCAAAGUUGAAAUUUUUGUUUCAAUUUGUUGAUGUUUAUGAAUCUAUGUCAUAUUAUGUUAAAGGUGGAUUGUGUUGUUUGUACAAGUAUGUAUUGUUUGAUAAUAAACAUGAAUAAGCAGUAUUGGAAUGAAAAUGAAAGAAAUAGCUUUCUGUUCAA